AAAAAACAAAAAAACAAAAAAACACAGCUGCAGGUUGAGCUGAAAAUAUCCCCCUCAGUCUGCAGAGAAGAGACUCAAGUCCACAAAGCACUGGUUUCAGGGGCUGCCAAGCAGGAUGAGCAGCUCCAGAGCUGGAGAGAAGUACCAGCCAGCCUGCAAGAUGCUGCCCCUCUGCUUGCUGCUGCCGCUGCUGCUGCUGCCCUCUGGGGCCACCACUGCCCUCUCCCCAGAGGGUGGCCUCGCCGGCCACGAGAGCGGGCACAUGCAGGAAGUGGCAGAAAUAAAGACAAACAGCCUGUUGACUUUCCUUGCGUGGUGGUACGAGUGGGCCUCCCAGGCCAGGGCAGUGCCCUUUGUAGGAGGGGAAGCCAGGGAGGUGUCCAAACGGCAGGAAGGCGCACCCCUCCAUCAGUCCACGCACCAAGAUAAAACGCCCUGCAAGAAUUUCUUCUGGAAGACCUUCUCCUCCUGCAAGUAAAACUCCAUCCAUAACUACUCGUGCAAAGAAGUGUAACAGUGGAUCUGAAUAAAAUGUAUUAAUAAGCA